CAUCUAUAAUGUGUAAAUGCGAAAAGCGGCUUCGAAGUUGUUGUUCUUUGUGCUCGUUUUUGUUUUGCUAUAUGGUCCUGGUCAAGGAUAAAUCGAGCAUACUCGCAGUUGAUUUGUAGGUUGGAGGCCCCAUGUCCUUAUAACUUCAAUCCGGCAGAUUAUUACGUUCAGCUGUUGGCAAUAGAACCGGGCCGAGAGGAGUCCUGUAAACAAGCCAUUACCAUGAUUUGCGACAGAUUCGACCAGUCCGAAAACGGCGUCAAAAUCGCUCUCGAAGCAGCCACUGUGAUUAAAUCAUCGGCUUUUGAUAUUUCGUCUUAUUUUGUCAAUGGAGAAAUGAAAAGGUCUGUUAUUUAUAAAGUUAACUGGUGGAAGCAAUUCACUGCAGUUUUAUGGAGAUCAUGGUUGGGUGUUACUAAGGAACCUCUCAUUAUAAAAGUCAGAAUGCUGCAAAAUUUG